GUCAUCCCCAGCGGAAGAGAAGGAAGAAGCCCCAAGAGAAGAGAUCCAACAUAGAAUGAGUUCCCGGUGUGAAGCGGAGGAGUAGGAGCUACCUGAAUCAAAGCUGCUUCAUGGUCAACUAUUUCACAGCACAGACGGAGAGGCCAAAGAUUGUCCAUUACCUGUUCCUUCCAGAGAAGCUUGGGGUCGGGAGAAAGGAUCCAUAUCGAAUCAAGCGGAAGAGCAGCACAUCGGUUUGGCAUGUCCAAAGCACUGAGAGAAACUGCCCAACAUCUGAGCGGUCACUCUGGAGAAAGAACUUUAAAAACUUUUCCAAGCUUGAGGACCUUAAUCUUGGAAAAGUGUUUCGAAAGAACUUUGACCACAAUUCUCCAUAAACAGAGAUAACCUGGCCCUCUACGUUAGUCUUUGGGCAUUGGACGGAGGCAUCGUUUACUCCUGCGCUCGUACGUUGAGAUCCCACCAUAAGGAUGUCUUCUCUCAGAAGUCCCCGUUCCAUUAUGAAUUCCACUAACUACAGCCUGCCCGUUGGGUCCGACCUGCCAUCCAACCAAACCUUCAGUCCAAUGCACGUGCCGGAAGAAAUCUUCCUGGCCUUGUGUUUGUUCACCCUGGUAGAGAACAUCCUGGUGGUGGUGGCCAUCAUGAAGAACCACAACCUUCACUCCCCAAUGUACUACUUCCUCUGCUGCUUGGCCAUCUCUGACAUGCUGGUCAGCAUUAGCCACCUCGCAGAGUCCAUGUUCAUGUUUCUGCUGAAGCAUGGGAUCAUAGCAGUCAACAGGAAAACAGAAAUGGAAGUAGACAACCUCUUCGACAUGAUGAUCUGCUGCUCCGUGGUGUCCUCGCUGUCAUUUCUUGCAGCCGUCGCUGUGGACCGUUACAUUACAAUCUUCUACGCGCUGCGCUACCACAACAUCAUGACGCACCGCAGAGUGGUAACUGCCAUAGCUGGCAUCUGGCUGGCCAGCACGGUCUGUAGCGUCCUCUUCAUCAUCUAUUCCGAGAAGCGUGAGGUCAUCUUGUGUCUCAUUGGGUUCUUCAUCUCCAUGAUGGUCUUGAUGGUAGCCCUCUAUAUCCACAUGUUUGUUCUGGCCCGGCGUCAUGCCCGUAGCAUCUCCACCCUGCAAAUGGGGAAGAGAAGGAGGGUCAACCUGCAUCAGACCACCGUCAAUAUGAAAGGUGCUAUAACCCUUUCUAUCUUACUGGGCAUCUUCUUCCUCUGCUGGGGCCCCUUCUUCCUCCACCUCAUCCUGAUUUUGUCGUGUCCUAAACACUUUCUCUGCCUCAGUUACUUCAAAUAUUUCAACAUCUACAUUAUCCUCAUCAUCUGUAACUCUGUCAUCGACCCCCUGAUCUACGCCUUUAGGAGUCAGGAACUGAGGAAGACCCUAAAGGAUAUUGCAUUGUGUUCAUGGUGACUGCCCACCUAGAAUGUAAGAUGGUGAGCAGUAGAACUUG